UGUGGCAUACAGUAUGUGACAGGGUGCUAAGUGAUCACCAUGUUGUUUUAAUAUUUGUCUGCAUUUUGUAAUUGUAUUAGAGUAGGCCUAUUGUAUGAAUUGGCUAUUGUAGCCUAAUUGCCUUUGCACAAUAGGUCAACAGAUAUUUUGUACAAUUAAUUAUUCUUUCUGAAUGGAAUAUGUCGGACAGGGAGGUGGUCUAUGCAUUACCCAAAUGGGAUCACAAUCACAUGCCACCGAGGGUACACGUUGCGUAAUUGCGAUCAUAUUAAUCCAUCAGGUCGUUAAAGACUAUAAUUUAUUGCACUGAUCGCUAUCAAAUGCUUUGCUCGCUCCUGCAGGCCCCUCCGUUUCCGGAUUCAGCGUUUAUCCAUUCGACGCUCUAAUAAACGACACCACUGGAAUAAGUGUGAGUUCGGUACACGAAUGAUCAUUUAAUUGAACCUCAGCCUCAUUUCACAACGUGCACACCGAAAACCUAAAGGCGUUUGCAGCAUGCAUGCGUGUGCAUGCGUGUGUGUUUCAGUCGCCGGAUGGCCAUAUUGGAGGAUGCAGAGGGACAUCUUCGGUGGUACAUCAUCACCCCUCCCAUCAUGUCCACACAUCGGCGCGCGGGCACACGCUCCAGACACACACGCACACACGCGCGCGCGCGCGCGCACAGAAUCAUACAAGGAAUCUGUGCUCCACCACCAUGGCUCCCCGCUAGACGCUCUGCAAGCGGCUGUUGUCAACCCGAAUUACAUCCGCUCUGGCUGAAUACUUUACUACCCUGACCUCGCCUGCAUCUCGGAGGCUUUUUAUUAAUAUUUGAUCCAGGAUUCCGGCGCUCUGUCCCCAUGGCUACAUCGGAUGGACUAGACAACUGCCUUCUGCAGCGAGGCAGAUCUCAAAGUGACCCGAACAUACUCACCGAGUCUGCCAUCGAUCUGGUGCACGCAGCAGAGGAGGCGAUGGACCAGCAGAGGGUGCUGAGGACAGGUUGCCUGGUAACGGGCGUCCACACUCCGCCCAUCCGCCGUAACAGCAAGCUGGCCACGCUGGGACGCCUCUUCAAGCCCUGGAAGUGGCGGAAGAAGAAGAACGACAAACUGAAGCAGAGCUCCACAGACGUAGCGCUGUCCGGCGGUCUGAGGUGCCGCCACGAGGCGUGCUCCGCCCAGCAGGGCUGCUGCUGCUCCCCCGACGGGACCCUCCUCCUGGGGGGGGGCUGCUUCGUGGGGCCCCUGAGCCCCCGCCUGGUGGUCAGCAGCGUGGAGUACCUGGGGCCCGACCAGGACCUCCCCUCGCCAGCACCACCUCCUCCGGACGAGGAGUAUGAGGAGGACCGCCUCCACCAGGAGGAGGGGGAGUCAGGGGAGGAGGGGGAGUCAGGGGAGGAGGGGGAGGAAGAGGGGGAGGAGCACGCCUCCUGUGGAGCAGAGCUCCCCGAGGAGCUGCAGGAGGGGGGAGGUGGGGGCCAGGAGGGAGGCCGGGAGGAGGAGGAGUCUGCUGCCCCGCCCGGGACCUCCCCCCCCAAGGCCCCGCCCCCCUGCGUCCCGCCCAGGAGCAACAGCGGCGACGAUUCAGGAGCCAUGUCGCUGCCCAACCAUCUCCCCCCCUCCUACGUCCACAAGGAGCCCAUCCCCCGACCCCAGGAGGGCCCGGCCCCCAGCGUGCUGCCCCCCCUCCGGGGCCCCCAGUCCACCGCCUCAGGGUCCCCCCACCUCGGCAACCUGCUGCACCCCGCCGGCCCCCCCACCAGCAUCAUGGAGGAGCUGCAGCGAGCCUUCGCCUCCAAGAACCGGCAGGAGAUCGUCCACGACGGCAGUGAGCUGGCCUCCCUGCCGCGGCCGUGGUGCGGCGGCGGCGGCGACGGGCGGCUCUCGCGCUCCUGCAGCUCGGAGAACCAGCAGCAGCAGCAGCAGCAGCAGCAGCAGCAGCAGCACCACCACCCCUCGCCGUCGGGGCCCCGCGUCAGCUUCGGAGGCCUGGGCCCGGGCAUGGGCCUGGGGCACGGCGGGGGCCACGGCAUGGGCCACGGGUCUGGGGGCGGCGACUGGCCCCGGAAGGAGGCGGAGGAGAACAAGGAGAACAUGAGGCUGGACCAGUGCUUCUCCAACACCUCGGGCCUCCCCAACGACCUGGAGGAGUGGAACGACUCCGUCAUCUCAGGCACCCUUCCUCGCCGGCUGAGGAAGGAGCUCCUGACGGUGAAGCUACGGAACCGGCCCAGCAAGCAGGAUCUCGAGGACCGCAACAUCUUCCCGGCCCGGACCGACCUGGAGCGCCAGGAGAUCCGGCAGCAGAUCGAGAUGAAGCUCGCCAAGCGGCUGAGCCAGAGACCGAAUGUUGAGGAGUUGGAGAGUCGGAAUAUUCUGAAACAGAGAAAUGACCAGUCCGAGCAGGAGGAGAGGAGGGAGCUCAAGCAGCGGCUCAACAGAAAGCUGAACCAGCGGCCCACUGUGGACGAGCUCCGGGACCGCAAGAUCCUGAUCCGCUUCAGCGACUACGUGGAGGUGGCCAAGGCCCAGGACUACGACCGCAGGGCCGACAAGCCCUGGACCCGGCUGUCUGCCGCAGACAAGGCCGCCAUCCGCAAGGAGCUCAACGAGUUCAAAAGCACGGAGAUGGAGGUGCACGCGUCCAGCAAGCAUCUCACAAGGUUCCACCGGCCGUGAGCGAGUGUGCAGUGAGGGGAGGAGUUUCUUCUGUGAAGGAAAUGGUGAACCUUGGGCCGCGCGGCUGUCCGGAGCUACCGCCGCCGCCGCCGCCGCCGCCCGCCCUCUCACGCGCGGUGGGGGACUGUUUUCCACAAGGAGCCUGGAGCCCCUUCGACGGUCGUCAGGGUGUCUUCCCGACGUUCCUUUUCCAGCGCCCGGGGGCCCUGCCCCACUGGGGGGGGGGAGGGAGG